AUGACCGACGCCCAAGAACGACUCAUCAAGAAGCUGGGUGCCAACGCCUACCCCAUCAGCGUCAACCUUCCGGAGAACGCCCCCUGUUCCGUCUCCCUCGACGGCGGGAGUGAGGGUUCUACCCAGCCUCUUGGUGUGAUCUACGAUCUCAGGCUGUACGUUGCUGACCGCAAGGAGGAACGUCCUCACAAGCGGAACUCCGUCGGCUUUGCUGUCCGAAAGGUCCAGUACGCCUGUCCUGGAUCCAGCAACCGUCAGCCACAGACCCUGGUCAGCAAGGGCUUCACUCUUUCCCCAGGAAGGCUCAACCUCGAGGUCACUCUGCCUCAGGAUGUCUACUUCCAUGGACAGCCCAUCGAGGCAACGCUUUCCGUCAACAACGUGUCCAAGAAGACCGUGAAGAACAUGAAGGCUGAGGUUGUGCAGCACGUGGAGGUCACCAUGACCAACACUCACUUCAGCCGAGUUGUGGCUUCACUCGAGUCUCGCGAAGGAUGUCCCAUCACCCCAGGAUGCAACCUCACCAAGACCUUCUCCCUCAACCCUGUUGCCUCCGUCAACAAGCGACGCUUCGGCAUCGCCCUCGACGGUCAAGUCAAGGACCAGGACGCCAACUUGGCAUCGUCUACCUUGGUGGCAGAAGGUAAGAACGUCAACGACGCCUUGGGCAUCAUCGUGUCGUACUCUGUCCGCGUCAAGCUCAACUGCGGCGCCAUUGCCGGCGACCUGACUGCCGACCUUCCCUUCAAGCUGGUGCACCCCGACCCUGCCUCCGUCAAGGCUCCACUGCGCAAGACUCAGUCUGCCGAUAUCGAAGUGGAGGAAUUCACUAACUUGCGCCGUGGUCAGUCCAUUGCUGAGGACUAAGUCAAGCAGGAACUACAGGAUGCUCGGGGAUCAGCCAAUCAUUAUUAUCUAAUUGGACUUUCAAGCACCAGUUUAAUCGGAAGGGAAAUUGCAGUUAUAAAAUCGCACGGUAAUAGGCCUUUACAUCGUACAAUAUUAUCAUUGACACUUCAUAUUGUCUUCUAUUUAGCAUACGAGCAUCAUUUAUUGAACAUUUAUAUUUUCAUGGACACUUUUCUGUGAUAAUCCUAUUUUCUAUUGAAACUGCAA